UGCAACGCCCACCCCUGUUUCCCCCGCGUCCGCUGCGUCAACACCAGCCCCGGGUUCCGCUGUGACCCCUGCCCGCCCGGGUUCAGCGGGCCCGCUCACGAGGGCGUCGGCCUGGCCUUCGCCAAGGCCAGCAAGCAGGUCUGCACCGACAUUGACGAGUGUGAGACCGGGCAGCACAAUUGCGUUCCCAACUCCGUGUGCAUCAACACCCGGGGCUCCUUCCAGUGUGGCCCAUGCCAGCCGGGCUUCGUGGGCGACCAGGCGUCCGGCUGCCAGCGACGCGCGCAGCGCUUCUGCCCCGACGGGACGCCCAGCCCGUGCCACGAGAAGGCGCACUGCGUCCUGGAGCGCGACGGCUCUCGGGCGUGCGUGUGCGCGGUUGGCUGGGCCGGCAACGGGCUCCUCUGCGGGCGCGACACCGACCUGGAUGGCUUCCCGGACGAGAAGCUGCGCUGCCCGGAGCGCCAGUGCCGUAAGGACAACUGCGUUACAGUGCCCAACUCAGGGCAGGAGGACGUGGACCGCGAUGGCAUCGGAGACGCCUGCGACCCAGAUGCAGAUGGGGACGGGGUCCCCAACGAGGGGGACAACUGCCCCUUGGUGCGCAACCCAGACCAGCGGAACACGGACAAGGACAAGUGGGGCGAUGCGUGCGACAACUGCCGGUCCCAGAAGAACGAUGACCAGAAGGACACAGACCGAGAUGGCCGGGGAGACGCCUGUGAUGACGACAUCGACGGCGACCGGAUCCGCAACGUGGUGGAUAACUGUCCCAGGGUUCCCAACUCAGACCAGAAGGACAGUGACGGUGAUGGUGUAGGGGACGCCUGUGACAACUGUCCCCAGAAGGACAACCCCGACCAGGGGGAUGUGGACCACGACUUCGUGGGAGAUGCUUGUGACAGCGACCAGGACCAAGAUGGGGACGGGCACCAGGACUCUCGGGACAACUGCCCCACGGUGCCCAACAGUGCCCAGGAGGACUCAGACCGUGAUGGGCAGGGCGAUGCCUGUGAUGAUGAUGACGACAAUGACGGUGUCCCUGAUAGUCGGGACAACUGCCGCGUGGUGCCCAACCCAGACCAGAAGGACACAGACAGGGACGGCGUGGGCGACAAGUGCCAGGGUGACUUCGAUGCUGACAAGGUGGUAGACCAGAUAGACGUGUGUCCGGAGAACGCCGAGGUCACUCUCACCGACUUCCGGGCCUUCCAGACGGUGGUGCUGGACCCCGAGGGUGACGCGCAGAUUGAUCCCAAUUGGGUGGUGCUCAAUCAGGGGAUGGAGAUCGUGCAGACCAUGAACAGUGAUCCGGGUCUGGCUGUGGGCUACACGGCCUUCAACGGGGUGGACUUCGAGGGUACGUUCCACGUGAACACGGCCACAGACGAUGACUACGCAGGCUUCAUCUUUGGCUACCAGGACAGCUCAAGCUUCUACGUGGUCAUGUGGAAGCAGAUGGAGCAGACGUACUGGCAGGCCAACCCCUUCCGCGCCGUGGCUGAGCCUGGCAUCCAGCUCAAGGCCGUGAAGUCCUCCACCGGCCCCGGGGAGCAGCUGCGGAAUGCACUGUGGCACACGGGGGACACAGCGUCACAGGUCCGACUGCUCUGGAAGGACCCACGCAAUGUGGGCUGGAAGGACAAGACCUCCUACCGCUGGUUCCUGCAGCACCGGCCUCAAGUGGGCUACAUCAGGGUGCGGUUCUACGAGGGCCCCGAGCUGGUGGCCGACAGCAACGUGGUCCUGGACACAACCAUGAGGGGCGGGCGCCUGGGCGUCUUCUGCUUCUCGCAGGAGAACAUCAUCUGGGCCAACCUGCGCUACCGCUGCAACGACACCAUCCCCGAAGACUACGAGGCCCAGCGGCUGCAGCGGGCCUAGGGGCCGCGCUGGGGACCUGCCAUGGGACCAUGGGCACCGUCACUGCGGCCGGCCUGGGGGGGGCAGGGAGGGGCUGGGAGGCAAUAAAGUGCGCAUGUGCGGGA